UCUCUCUCUUUCUCUCACCUCCAACAAAUAUAUAUCCUUCUUUCCCCCAUUAACCUUUGAUCACAAUAUUCUCUCCUACAUCUUCGCCUUCUACCAAAUUUCUCAUCUUUCUUUUCCUAUCUCUCGGAUUCUCAAUUGGGUCUUUAAAAAAAUGCGGAUGAGUUGCAAUGGAUGCAGGGUACUCAGAAAAGGUUGCAGUGAGAAUUGCAGCAUAAGACCUUGUUUGCAGUGGAUCAAGAGCCCAGAAUCUCAAGCCAAUGCUACUGUGUUUCUUGCUAAGUUCUAUGGUCGUGCUGGCCUCAUGAACCUCGUCAACGCUGGCCCAGAGCAUCUUCGUCCAGCGAUUUUUCGUUCGUUGCUAUACGAAGCAUGCGGUCGAAUAGUGAACCCGAUUUACGGUUCGGUGGGUCUGUUGUGGUCAGGGAGCUGGCAGCUCUGUCAAGCCGCCGUUGAAGCCGUCUUGAGAGGCGCGCCGAUCACCCCGAUUACAUCUGAAGCCGCCGCAAGCGGCCGGGGCCCACCGCUGAAAGCCUACGACAUACGCCACGUUUCGAAGGACGAGAACUCCGCCGCGUCAAAUGAAACUCAGCAACGAGUCAAGACUCGGUCCCGCGUCAAGCGAACUCUCGGCGUCGCUAAGCCGAAAUCCAGCGAACAUGUGGACAACAAUAUCGGAACCGGGUUGGGUUCGGGUGAACCGGAUGGUGGUCGGAUCACGAGUGGAUGGACCGGUUGUUGCGCUACGGAAGAGGUGUUGAACCGGUCGGCGAGUCACGAGUCGUCGCUCAGCCACCAGUCGGAGGCGGCGAAUGCGGUGGAGGGUGAGAGCAAAGAGAGUGAAAGCAUGGUUUCGGUGGAGACAGCGGAGACUUCGAUCCUCUUCCGAGAUGAACCGGAGUCGAACCCAAAGAGCGGUGAACGAACCGAUGAGAUUGGCGAUCAUGUUGGUUUAGAGCUGACGCUUGGGUUCGAACCGGCAUCACGUGCGCAUCACGUGGUUCCUGUUAAGAAGAGGAGGAUAGGAUUAAAUCAUUAUGGUGGUUCGGCUGAGAAUGAGUCAUGCAAGAUGGAGCUGAGGCUUGAAUACCCGGCUUGAGGGGUUUGAAUAACCGGCUCGACUCAGUUUUGACUUAAUCGGCUUUCUGUGACUUGUACAAGAGAUCCGAACCGUUUGGUUGUUUUUUUUCUUUUUUAUAACAUUUUGUAGUUUUUUUAAUUUAUUUAUUUUUGCUUUGUUGGCUGUGAAUGCGAUGCUGUACAAACUACAAACAUGGAUGGUACGUAGAGGAAAAGGUACAAUUUCAAAAUUGAAAGCAUCA